GAGCCACCUCCAUGUACGGUAUUGUGGUAUUUUUACUAUUAACGCUUUAUAGAAAUAGUUUGAUUUUUCUUCCGUUUAUGUUUUUUUUUAUAAAAAAAUAUCAAAUAUUAUGAAUUCAUUCGGGUUUAACAUUUUAUUUUUUGUAGCAAUUUUUACUAAAGUCGCUAAAAGUUAUCCUUUGCAAUAUGACGAAGAAUUUGAUGAUUCCAUGCCUGAUCUAUCCUAUUUGGGACACAGGGUGUUCAAAGAACCAAGUGUCGAAACAGGAAAACUAGUUGAAACCUGGAACGCAACGUCUGAUAUAAAUCCAGAAGAAUUGGGGGAAUAUGCCGAAGGAGAUAUUCGGUUUCCCAAAGUAGCUAGGAAUGGAAUGAUCGCAGAAACUUUGAGAUGGAAAGAUGGUAUAAUUCCAUACAAAAUUGACGGAUUCUUUGACAUUGACAGUUUGAACAGCAUCAAACGAGCCAUGGAUAUAUACCACAAAUAUACUUGUAUUAAAUUUCGUAAAAAAAAUGACGACGACGAUGACUACGUUUCGAUAGUAAACUCGAAUACAGGGUGUUGGUCCAGCGUGGGUCGUAUCGGUGGAAAGCAGGAGGUGAAUUUGCAAAGCCCUGCGUGUACUUCCAGGGUUGGGACGCCUAUGCACGAACUGAUGCACGCCGCUGGAUUUUUGCACGAGCAAAAUCGGUUCGAAAGGGACGAUUUUGUCGAUAUUGCCUGGUCGAACAUAAGAAAAGGUCACGAGAGCAAUUUUGACAAAGCUGACUCGUCCACGACUACAGGCUAUGGAGUACCGUACGACUUCAGAUCGGUGAUGCACUAUUCCGGGACAGCUUUUUCCACAAAUGGAAAGCCCACCAUCAUUCCAAAGGAUUCAUCAAAAACAGAAAAAAUGGGUCAACGUGAGGGCUUUAGUAAAGGAGAUAUAACAAAACUGAAUCAAAUGUAUAAAUGUCCAGAUAAAACAGCGUCCAUAACAGGAAAUAGCCAGUCUACUAACAGUGGAACUGAAAGCCAUGAGAUUAGCCAAGUUGAAAAUAAAGACAGUUCAAAUCCUUUGGUGAAUUUAGCGCAAGGAAUAAUUCAAGCGCUCUUUCAUAAAUAACUAUUAUAUUAAUUUUUAUAGUUUAUACAAACGGUACAAGUGGGUAAUAGUGUUUGAAGUUUUUCUUAUACAGGGUGAUUAUUCCUUAUCACAAAUAAAGGUUAGUGGUGUCAAAGAAUACCAGAUAAUCUACUGAAACAUCUAACGUAAUAUGUGUAUUAUAUGUAUAGUUAAUUAGCAGUGAAUAAUUAUUCACUUAUUUCUCUCGAUUUUUUAUCGAAAUGUACCACACGCUGUACAAUUAACUAUUUUACAGUCUUUUUCUGGAAUUCACAGUACUGUCAUUGUUAAUUUAGGUUCUGCCACACAAUUUCCUUCUAGAUUUACUACCUCUGAACAAAACCAAUUGUAUAAUAAAUAACAUAAAAUAAGCUCAGAAAAGCACAAAAAAAUCCGCAAAAUUUCAAAUCAAAUUUAUUUAAAUGUGUCAUUUUAAACGUUGUACUGUAAAACUGUGAAUAUACAGGGUUAUACACCUCAUUCGAGACGGAGUAU